AUGUCGCUCUCCUACUCCAACUUCUUCCUCGAAGACGACCUCCUAUGCAGCGAGGAAACCUCCAGCAUCUUGUCCGGAGGUUCUCCGGCGGAUUGCUUCUCCGAUCUCGAUUCAUUUCUGCCGCCGGAGGAAGAGUUCAUCGCCGGGUUAAUCGAAGAUGAACACAAGUUCGUUCUCGGAUUUGACUAUUUCUCAAAGUUACAGUCUCGCACGAUCGAUGCAUCAGCCAGAGAAGAAUCCGUUGCAUGGAUCAUAAAGGUACAUGCUUAUUACGGUUUUCAACCGCUCACGGCGUAUCUCGCCGUCAACUACAUGGAUCGGUUCUUGAAUUCUCGGCAGUUGCCGCAAUCAAAUGGGUGGCCACUGCAACUUCUAUCAGUUGCUUCGUUGUCUCUAGCGGCCAAGAUGGAGGAAACUAUAGUCCCUUCUCUAUUGGACCUUCAGGUAGAAGGUGCCAAAUACAUAUUUGAACCAAGAACAAUUAGAAGAAUGGAGCUACUUGUUCUUAGUGUCUUGGAUUGGAGGCUAAGAUCAGUAACCCCAUUUAGCUUUCUCAGUUUCUUUGCAUGCAAGUUAGAUUCCACUGGAAUUUUUACCGGGUUUCUCAUUUCACGAGCUACACAAGUUAUUUUAUCUCAUAUCCAAGAGGCAAACUUUCUUGCAUAUUGGCCAUCAUGCAUUGCUGCGGCGGUUAUUCUCUAUGCAGCUAAUGAAUUUCCUAAUUGGUCUCUAGUUAAGCCAGAGCAUGCCGAGACAUGGUGCGAGGGAUUAAGAAAAGAGAAAAUUAUAGGGUGCUACAGGUUAAUGGAAGAAGUUAUGAUUGAAAAUAACCAAAGGAAAGCCCCUAAAGUAUUGCCACAGCUGCGAGUGACAACUCAGCCACUUAUGAGGUCAAGUGACUCGUCAUCCUCCUCUUCUUCUUCCUCCUCACCAUCCUAUAUUAAAAGAAGGAAAUUAAAUAACUGUUGGUGGGUAGAUGAUGACAAAGGAAACUCCCAAUGA